AUGGCAACAGUUACAAUUACAUCAACAAAAACCGACGAUAAAAAGGUAAAAGAUAAGAACAAAGAGAUAAAUGAGGCCGCAAGUGGGUCGAAUAUCGAUGAGGUGUUAGAAAAAAUUAAAGAGAUCGAUAACACUUGUGCCUUUGGGAAAUGUAAAACUAAAACGGCCAAUUUUGCCAUACAAUGUAAAUACUGUAAUCUUCGAUUUUGUACUUCGCACGGUUUGCCUGAAAUCCACGGUUGUGGGGAGGCUGUAAGACGAGAUGAAAAGCGAAAAUAUAUGCAUCCGGAACCGAAACUGUCGGAGAAUAAACACGAGAAGGCUGCUACGAAGUUGAGUAUGAAAUUGAAACAGAUGCAAAUGGAGAGGAAGGCUAAACAAUACUCUAGUAAAGGGAAAAAUAAAUGA